GGGAGGCGGGCAGACGCCUCCGGCGGUGGCCGCGCUGCAUAAAGCGCGCCGCGCCGUGUCGGGCUCCUUUUCGAGGCGCUGGAGCGGCCAUGGGCGCCGCGCACUGGUGGGACCAGCUUCGGGCCGGCAGCUCGGAGGUGGACUGGUGCGAGGACAACUACACGAUCGUGCCCGCCAUCGCCGAGUUCUACAACACGAUCAGCAACGUCUUGUUUUUCAUUUUACCGCCCAUCUGCAUGUGCUUGUUUCGCCAGUAUGCAGCGUGCUUCAACAGUGGCAUCUACUUAAUAUGGACCCUUUUAGUUGUAGUGGGAAUUGGAUCCGUUUACUUCCACGCCACCCUUAGUUUCCUGGGUCAGAUGCUUGACGAACUUGCGAUCCUGUGGGUUCUGAUGUGUGCGCUGGCCAUGUGGUUCCCCAGAAGGUAUCUGCCAAAGAUCUUCCGGAAUGACAGGGGCAGGUUCAAGGUGGUGGUCUGCAUCCUGUCUGCGGUUACGACCUGCCUGGCAUUUGUCAAGCCUGCCAUCAACAAUAUCUCUCUGAUGACACUGGGUGUCCCAUGCACUGUGCUGCUCGUCGCAGAGCUAAAGAGGUGUGACAACAUGCGUGUUUUUAAGCUGGGCCUCUUCUCUGGCCUCUGGUGGACUCUGGCUCUCUUCUGCUGGAUCAGCGACCGGGCCUUCUGCGAGCUGUUGUCUUCCUUCCACUUCCCCUACCUGCACUGCGUGUGGCACAUCCUCAUCUGCCUGGCUGCCUACCUGGGCUGUGUGUGCUUUGCCUACUUCGAUGCUGCCUCAGAGAUCCCCGAGCAAGGCCCUGUCAUCAAGUUCUGGCCCAGUGAGAAGUGGGCCUUCAUCGGUGUCCCCUAUGUGUCCCUCCUGUGUGCCAACAAGAAGUCACCCGUCAAGAUCACGUGACGCAGGACAGGGCUGGCUCCUCGGUGUGUUUUCCCUCAUGUGCUGGGCUUCUUUUGCUAGCAGAGACAGCCAAGGGGGUCG